CGCAUGUGGCGUACCAGUUUAGCAUGUUACUAAUUCAUUAGGGUUGCCUUCAUUACUCCAGCGAGAAUCCAGCUAUGUCGCAGCACUUAAAACUCCUGCUCGAUUGCCCUCUUGUGAUCGCCGCCAUCUUUAUCUUGGGCAUUGGCGGGACAUUUCAGUAUGGAUUUGGGAUAUCUACGAUGACAUCCCCCGCUGAUUACAUCAAGGAGCUGGUGAACCAAACAUACAUACAGAGAUAUGAUGUCUCCCUGAAGCAGUGGCAGCUCUCUCUCAUCUGGUCCUUCAUUGUUUCCAUUUUUUCCAUCGGAGGGUUGCUGGGCUCCCUCCUGGCACCUCCAAUCUUCUCAAGAUUUGGGAGAAGAAAGUGUCUUCUGCUCAACAAUUUUGUGUCUAUAAUCGGAGCUGUGCUGAUGCUUUGGAGCCGAAAAGCCGUGUCCUUUGAGAUGAUCAUGGUGGGGAGGUUACUUUAUGGCAUCAAUUCAGGAGUCAGUCUCUCAGCUCAAACCGUGUACCUCGUUGAAUGUGCCCCGAAGAUGCUACGAGAGAUGGUAGGCGUCACCAUCGCCACCUUCGUCGCUGCAGGAAAGUUCUCUGGUCAGCUGUUGGGAAUCAGAGAGAUACUCGGCACUAAGGAAAGAUGGCCCUGGCUGCUGGGCUUCAAUGCCAUUACGGCGUUGUUUCAGCUCCUCACACUCCCCUUCCUGCCAGAGUCGCCUAAGUUCCUACUACUGGACCGAGGAGACCAGCAGGCCUGUGAGAAAGCUCUGGCGAGGCUGUGGGGGAAUAAGGACCACAGCACGGAAGUGGGGGAGAUGUUGGAGGAGAAAGCUGCCCUCCAGAACAUCAAAAGCCACUCGGUGAUGGAGCUCUUUCUGGAUAGAACCCUCCGCUGGCAGCUGAUAACCAUCAUGGUGGCCUUCGGCUUGCUACAGCUAUGUGGCAUCAAUGCAGUGUACUUCUACUCCUACGAGGUGUUUCGAGCAGCAGGACUCCAUGAACUGCAGUUGCCAUAUGCCGCUUUGGGAACCGGGCUGUCUGAAACAUUCGGCUCCCUAGCGUGUUUUGUCAUUAUCGGGAGUGUCGGUAAGAAAGUCCUCUUCUCCAGAGGAUGCCUGGCCAUGGCUGCUGUACUGCUCCUCCUCACCAUCACUCUUUAUCUGCAGCGUCACGUCUCAUGGAUGUCGUACUGCAGCAUGGUCCUCAUUUUCAUCUUCAUUGUUCUUUUUUCCAUUGGACCGGGAGGAACAACCGCUCCUCUUCCAGGUCUAAUUUUCACUCAGGCUUUCAAAUCGGCUGCUUACUCUGUCGCCUGCUCUGUCAACUGGAUAUGCAUGUUCAUAGUGGGGAUGAUCUUCCCCAUCUUAGUGGAGAAUCUGGGUUCCUUCUGCUUUCUCAUAUUCCUGUUCACCUGCCUCACUAGCAGCCUGUACAUGCACUUCAACGUCCCUGAGACGAACAAUAAGACACCUCUGGAAAUAACGGAAGACUUCCAGAAGAUGCACAGCAAGCCCGGAAGCUCAAAGGGGAAAGAAUGGGACGAGACGCCUCCUGAUGUCACCAAAACAUGCGAGACCAAAUUUUAACUUUACUUGACAAAAAUAUAACCUAAAUCAGGGGUCACCAACGUUUUUCCUUGUGAGAGCUACUUUUACAAAAUGAAAAUGGCCAAGAGCUAUUCAUUUUUGUAACAUCUAUUUUCAGAGUUUAUUUUAAACCCAAACAAAGCGAAUAUGCUUGUUUUACCAGAACAUUAACAAAAUGCUGGUGUCCACAACUCACAUUUUGUAUUUCAGAAUGCAUUUCUUUCUACUGUUCUCACAUUAUUAACUGAA